AUGCAGAGGCUUCGCGAGACCUUCCGGCGCUCCAAGGGGGGCCCCGCCCUCGAGUCCCACCUGCCCACGUCGGUGAGCCUCGAAGUGCCCAAGCAGGUGCGCUCGGCGAGCUUCGACGAGAUCCGCUUCAAGAAGGAGCACGACCAGGACGCCUGCGGAGGGGACAACCUCCUCAUGGUCCCUUCGACGAGGAACCAGAGAUCCCGCUCGUUCGACUCGGCGACCACGUCGUCUUCGUCGUCCUCCCCUUCGGCUCACUUGGCUGCGUCCUCGGCGUCUGCGCCGCCUUCCGCGGUCCCCGCAGGCAUGGUUGGCACCGGUGUUGGCUUGGGUGCCGGUGUUGGUGUUGGCUAUGGUGGCUAUGGCGGCUACGGUGGCUUCGGCAGCGCCACUGGCGGUGGCACCACUUCGCUGCCGGUGCCCAGUCCUCCGGCAACUGCCACGGACGCGCCCUGUCAGCUGGACGUGCCCAAGUGGAGGAUCCUGCGCCGCUCGUCCAGCGACAAGAGCCAGUGCGCGGCGUGCAUCCACUGUCAGUACAUGGAUGAGUUCAGUCGUAGCACGUCGCGCAGCAACAGCCCUCCCGAUAGGCCCCGAUACUUCUCCUCCGGAUCGGAGACUCUCGAAGAGAGUGAGUCCGAGAGUGCGGCCUCGGCGCGGGCCGACGAAGAGCAGGUCACGGACGCCGAGGAGGACCUCCUGGUGUCGCCCACGUCGUGCGGUCUCAUGGUGACGCUGUCGGUGCCGGACUCUGGCCAUCGCGUGAGCCUAGGGGGCGACACCGGGGUCACGGUGGUGUCUCUCCAAGUGCCGCAAGUGGCUAAGGGCCGGUCGGCCUCGGUGGACUCGUCGUUCCUCCAGGUGCCCACGCCAGACCCGGACUUGGACCCUGACCUUGCGGCCAAGGCACACCGGUCGCGCUCCGUGGACAUUGUGUUGCCGACGGGCGCCGAGCCACACUACACGCUCUGUCAGCCCAAGGAGCGAGGACACGCAAGGAGCGACCCCGCGCUCAGCGCACCUGGAGCGCUGAGCGCAGCACAGCCGAAGUCAAGGCCAGAUGUGAGCCCGUCCAAGAUCACAGAGUUUGUCACCGAUGCGCGCUUCACCCCCAUGCACCAGCUCAAUGGUCGCUAUUGGCUCCUGCCCUCCUUGCUCCUCCCGCCGGUAUGGGUGUGGCGGCUACAAAUUGGCGUGACUCGGUCGCGCUGGCUGUACUACGUUGCGCGUAGACCUCUAUGUGCAGAUGCAACAUUGAGCCUUCGAAAGUAUCAAGCCGAAGAGGAGCGUAAGAGUGGUCUGCAGACUACAGAGGUGUGCGAUGCCCAUAAGUGGCGAGGCAGUGGCGAGGCAGUGGCAAGGCAGUGGCAAGGCAGUGGCGAGGCAGUGGCGAAGCAGUGGCACUCGAACUAG